AUGGGGGCUGUUGGUGGUGCAAUGGUGAAGGUGGCAGUGGUGGGGGCUGAAUCGCUGGUGUCAUCGCCUAAUAGUGAUGACUGCAUCGUCGACCUUUUGGAUUUAGUUCUGCUACCAGGAUCCAACGAUGAAUCUUGGUGUCAGGGGCUAGAUGGAUUGGCUUCUAGAUCUGUUGAAUACUAUAAGCAAGGGGUUCGUUUUGCAAAAUGGAGAACUGUUGUUAGCAUACCCUGUGGUCCUUCUGCUUUGGCUGUUAAAGCAGCAGCAUGGGUCUCCCUCGUUAUGCUGCUAUUUCUCAGUUCAUUGAAUCCAGGCCAUGAAAUUCUUCUGGAUGGCGACCACCCAAUUAAGAGGACAAUUGAAAUGGCAGAGCAUGUGUGGUCAGAGGUGUUUUACUGGGCAGAUAACAACGUUGUCUUUGAAGGCAUUCUACUUAAACCUAGCAUGGUAACUCCAGGUGCUGAACACGAGGAGAAGGCUUCUCCAGAGACUAUUGCCAAAUAUACACUCACCAUGCUCAAAAAGAGAGUGCCCCCGGCAGUUCCAGGAAUCAUGAUAUAA